AUGAAUUUGGCUCGACAAGCAGCUCAAAAAAGUUUAGAGAAGCAUCAAAUUGUCUCUCAGAAUAAGAUGAUUGCAGAAAUACAAGACUUAUUAUUUGAUUUAAACCAAGAACAACUUGCGGAUACUUAUAAAAUAUUAAUAGAACUUUCAAACAAUAAAGUUGUUAAUAACAAAGUUUCACGUGAUCAAAUCAAAGAACAAGAAACUUCACAUACAUCCAAGUUGCCUAAAUAA